AUGGACGAGAAUGCACCGCUGGCGAGUGUGAAGAAGGCGAGGGAUAAACUGGAGAAAGCUGCGAAAAGCUGUCGCGGAGACGAUGACCUUACGAGUCAACUAUUACGCUCAAUAGAAGACUUCACUACUCGGAUCAUCCCUCUGUUUGAAGAGUUUCACAACCAACGACAAGAACUUGAGCAGGCGCGCAAACAGAACGAGAAGCUUCAAAACGAGAAAGCGGAGUUGGGCAAGCGUCUAGCAAAGUCCCAGUGGUAUCACAGCGAGAAUGAGCGACUGCGAAAUGAGGUUAUUCAAGCUCAGCGGAUCGCAGACGAAGCUACAGUGGCAGGCGAAAAGCUCAAGGAUCUCUUGACGGAGACACGGAACGAUUUAGCGAGUUAUAAGAAGAUUGCGGCUGAUCUGGACAAGGACAAGAAGAGGAUGGCAGACCAGCUAGAGAGGAAUUCGAACGCUGCGAAGAACUCGAGGGAGAAGGUGAAGGACGUCAGGGCGCAGAACGCUGAGCUUCAGAAGAAGAUCGAGUCCCUCGAACAGCGCCUAUUGGAGACGCCCCACUCUCCCGUGUCUCAGCCACAACCACAUGACUAUGACGGCGAUUUCUCUAGCCAUGAGCUCAAGACACCUUCGCGGUACCUUGUCAAAUCAUCGCAGCCGCCACCACCACCUCCAUUACCCGAAGACAUCGACUUCUUCGAGGGCAUGCCUCGACCAGGAUUUGGUUCAGACUGGCAACUUAACCGGGGCAAGGAGAACUGUAGCGUUCUCAAGAAGACAAGACCCGUUGGAGGACCAACCCAUAGACGAGUGACCAACCCAGUGGGCCUAAUGGCGCUCAGUCUCGAUCGGAAAGGGAAGCCCACGACCGCAGUGCAGCUUGGUCCCAAAAGGACCGUACGAAUUUGA